CAAUACAAAUUUACGUUUAAAAUCUGCGCAUUUUACGUACGCUGGGAAAAAAGAAAAACGCCUGCGUAUGUUUCUGUAGUUAGUAAUGGCGGAGGUCGAGGAAGUAGACGCUGCUCAGCUACACCAGGAGGACGUCGAUAUUAAACGUGAUGGUGAUGGUGAGGGUGCCCAUUCAACUGGUGACCAUGAUGCAGUGAAAGUGAAAAAUGAAGCUGGUGGAGACAGUGAUGCCAAACCAUCCACUACAACUAUUGAGAGACACAUUUCAAUUCAGAGCAAACUGGAGGGGCUUGAGAUGCUGGUGGACCUCAAUGGUGCUGGGCGAAAGUCAUGUCCCUUGUGUCCUGAGGAGAAGUUUAAAGCGUGCUACAGCCACAAGCUGCGACGGCACCUCCAGAACCUCCACUGGAAAGUCUAUGUGGAGUUUGAGGGUCAGAGGAUGUGCAUCUGCCACCUACCCUGCAGACACCUGAAGAACAGUCUCAGCGGAGAUCAGGCAUCAGGGAGACAGGUAGCGCACUAUCACUGUGUAGUGUGUUCUGUUACCAUCGCCCGCAAGACAGACAUGAUCAGCCACCUGAAACGCCACGUCAACAAAGGAGAGACAGAGGCCAGCUACUCAGGGAGCUCAGAUGUGCCCUUUGAGGAGCCAGCUCCUUCAGGCCAGGCUUAUGAAAUCAUGAAAGAGCUCGGAACCAACGUCCAGCUCCUCCCCAACUACACCACCCCACAGAAGAGCGACACGUAUUUCAACCGCAAGAUGAAAACCAACAGGCAGCUGGUGUUCUGUUCAUUGGCUGUUUUGGCAGAAGAGAGAAAUCCCUUGGAGUGUCUUGAUGCUUUUGGAGCCACCGGGAUCAUGGGCCUCCAGUGGGCUAAGCACCUUCGUAAUGCAGUCAAGGUGACCAUAACAGACAUCAACGAGACCUGCGUCAAAAUGAUAAAAGAGAACUGCCAACUCAACCACAUCCGGGUGGACGGAGGCUCACGAAGUUCCCGGGGACCCGAUGGCACGAGCAAUGAAGCGGAGGGCGUGCCCAUCGCUACAGUGGAGGUCGCCAAGAUGGAUGCCAACGUCAUCAUGCAUCUGCGGAGCUUUGAUUACAUUCACCUUGACCCAUACGGCACAGCGGUGAACUACCUGGAUUCAGCUUUCCGUAAUGUGCGGAACCUGGGAAUCAUCUCUGUGACAUCCACAGACACUGGCUCACUGUACGCCAAGUCACCGAAUGUCACCCUGCGUCACUACAGCUGUCACAUCGUACGCACAGAGUACUACAAAGAGCUGGCCGCACGUAUGGUAGUGGCCACUGUUGCCAGAGCGGCGGCGCGCUGUAAUAAAGGCAUUGAAGUGCUGCUGGCAGUGGCUUUGGAACAUUUUGUCCUGGUGGUGGUGAGAGUCCUUAGGGGGCCCACCCAGGCUGACGAGUCGGCCAAGAGGUUACGACAGCUCAUCCACUGCCAGUGGUGUGAGGAGAGAGUCUUCCUCAAGCAAGGCAGCAUGGUGGAUGACAACUUGUAUAACCAGUUGCCCUGUAAUUGUCACGGGAGCAUGCCUGGCAAGACAGCGGUGGAGCUGGGGCCGUUAUGGUCAGGACCGCUAUUUAAUACUGGUUUCCUGAGAGGGAUGCUGUUUGCAGCAGUGCAGCACAGUAUGGAUGACAUCCAGACACUGGUCAAAACUCUCAUCUGUGAAUCUGAAUGUACCACGCUCAAAUCUUUUGUUCACGGGCCCUCUGCUCUCACCAACCAAGUGGAAUGUGGUGUGCUCAUUAAGACUUUACAGAAGGGUGAGGAGUCGGGCACUGCUGAUCAGUCUGGAAAGAGAAAGACAGGAGAGGAGUCAGGAAACGUUGUGAAGAAACUGAAGUCUGAUGCAUCUCUUGAACACCCAGCCUUCUACUACAGCAUCCACCGCCACAGCAUCAGAGGCAUGAACAUGCCAAAGUUGAACAAGUUCCUCCAGUACCUGACUGAGGCUGGGUUCAGAGUAAGUCGGACGCACUUUGACCCCACGGGAGUUCGAACCGAUGCCACACUGGAGCAGUUUAAGUCUGUCCUCACCAAGUACAGUGUGCCCAAUGCCACCACAAGUCAGACAAGCCUGAGCACUGAGAAAACUCUGUAAGAAACAAGACAGACGUGUUUUUAGAGUUGAAGUCAAUUCACUCUUGUUUCAAUUCAGAGAUUCAAUUCAAUUACAAAUUUGCCUCAAGGGGCUUUUCAGCAAUACAACAUCCUCUGUCUCCCUAAAAAAAAAAAAACAACCCUCCAACAGGGAGCCAGUUUGGAAACAUAAUCAACCCAGUAUCUGUAAGCAGUAACAUGUUUCAUUUUCUGUUGUGAAUUGACUCCAACCCUGCUGUUUCUUGAAGCCCAAAUUAAGUUUUGACUGCACUGAUAUUUUCAAUACUCGCCAGUUGUUUUUUAUUUUGAUGUGCUUUCACUAGAGUAAAGUAGAAAGUUCCUAAUCAAAGGAAAACCAAUGAGGAUUUUUAUUUAUAUGCAAACUGAACUGAAUCUGCAGCACAGAUGAGCCCACUUUAUCUCACGGCGAGUGUAUUUAUUCUUUUUAUUUGUUUCCUUUGGAGAAUUUGCAGGCUAUAUGUUGGAUUCUCUUUUAUCUGCUUGAUUGUUUGUUUUUUGUUAUUUUUGGCAAACAAAAUGACAAUAAAGGUUUACUGCAGACA